AGCUUAACACUGCCAUGAAAAGCACGAGCUCUUAUAAUGGACCUAGCACUUCAGAGGAUGGACAGAUAAAGUGCGGCGGCGUUGCGUUUCGCUCUUAUAGAAUAGUUCACAUAUGACCUGACGAGCAGAAAACGCAUUUAGAAUUUAGUAAUAAGUUUUUUUUUCUUUCUCUCUCAGUGUUGCUGUUGAAUUUAAACAGCAAUAAAAUGCUGCCUUGGAAGAAGAACAAGUUCGAUCUGAUUGAGGAAGACAAACAGUCCAAGCAGAAGGGCUAUGCGGUGAGUCUAAACUACUCUGCGCUCACCUCUUUCGCCAAGUCCUGCCCCGAGAGCGCACUCAACAGGGUGGGCAGCAUGUUCAAGUCAAAGAGAAAAAAGGUGAAGAUAACUAGCGAUGACCCCACAUACACUGUGCUAUACCUGGGGAAUGCCACCACCAUCCAGUCUAAAGGAGAUGGCUGCACUGACGUUGCGGUGAGCAAAAUCUGGGGCAAAAGCGAGAUGGGCAAGAACGGCACCAAGAUGAGGCUGACCAUCAGCUCGCAGGGUAUCCGGAUGGUGCAUGUGGAUGACAAGGCCAGGAGGCCGGGACACUUGUACUUGCUGCACCGGAUAACCUACUGCGUCGCGGAUCCGCGGCUACCCAAGAUUUUUGCUUGGAUUUACAGGCACGAGAUGAAGCACAAAGCUGUGAUGCUGCGCUGCCACGCUGUCCUGGUGUCCAAGCCAGAGAAGGCAAAAGCCAUGGCUCUGCUGCUGUACCAAACCUCGGCCACAGCCCUGGCCGAGUUCAAAAGACUUAAACGAAGGGACGAUGCCAGGCACCAGCAGCAGCAGCUCAUAGGGGAGCAGACCAUCCCGUUGGUCCCGAUCAGGAAGCUGCUGAACGGUCAGUGUUACUACAAACCACCGGUGGAGCGCAGCCGGAGCGCGCCCAAGCUGGGCUCCAUCACAGAGGACUUAGUCGGGGAGGAAGAAGAGGAGAAAGCGAUGCACUUUGAGUGUGAGGACAUUUUGGACACGGACCGUGAUUGUGUUUCUAACGCUAAACAGGAGUUAACUCAGAUUAUUAAUGACUUGGGGGAGAUGAGCAUAGGAAACGACGUGCAGAGUCUGAAAGCUGACCUCAGAGUCACCAGACUGCUCUCUGGGGAGAGCACAGGGAGCGAAUCCUCCAUAGAAAGCAACCAGGAACCCCCUCCACUUAGUAAUGGUCUUGAGGAGGUUAAGGUGGUGGAAAUAGUCUGAAUGACUUUAGGCAUUUCUGGGCAUCUUUGACGCAUUCCUUUGUUGAGUCACAAUGUCUCCACAAACAACAUUUCCUCAGCUGCGUGUUUGUCUGAUCGGUGCCUCUACAACUAUCUGAGAGAAUCCAGAGAUUACUUGAGGUUCUGGGACAAAUAGCGCACCCAGAAACUCAGUCAGGCUACUGAAUGAUACUUUUUGUAAACACAGAAAAAGGUGGAAAAAAACAAAACAAAACAAAAAACAAACAAACAACAAAAACAAAA